AUGUCUGAGGUGCAAGCACGAUCCCAGGCCCCGACCUCUCGCGGUAGAGGCGGUGGUCGAGGGGCCCGAGGCGGUUUUGGUGGCGGGCGACCGAGCAAUAACAGACGAGCCAACGGCGAUAAGCUGGCCACAUCAGCAACAGACUCCCCUACCCUCGAUGACGAUGGCGACGUGGGCCAACUCAGAAAGCAGUACGGCGGCAAGCUUGAAACCAUCAAGGAACUCUUCCCCGACUGGUCUGAUGCCGACAUUCUCUAUGCAUUGCAAGAGACGGAUGGCGACGUUGAAGUCGCUGCCACCCGAAUCGCCGAUGGCUCUAUCUCACAAUGGGGUGAGGUCUCGAAGCCCAAGAAGACUUCUAAGCCAAAGGCUAAGGACUCGGCUGUUUCGACUGGCUUGACGGAGACAUCUGGUAACAGCAGACUGGCCCGAGGUAGUCGCUCAGACGGCGGACGAGGUGCUCGUGGUGCUCGUGCCAGCGAGCGAGCUCGUGGUGGUAGAGGCAGAGGUGCUGCCUUGACGACUACCAACGGUCAACGAUCCAAAGAGAACCAACAGCUCUCUGUGCCUACCGAUGAGUCGUCUGGCUGGGGCAACGCCACAUCUCCCGACGAUGCGCCUACGAAUGAAUGGGGAACCACUGGUUGGGGCACCACAGACACUACCACUACUGCCAACACUACCUCAGACUCUCCUCCUGCCGCCCCGCCUGCCACCGCUCCUACUACCGAGAACACUGGUCCGAAGCCGAAGACCUGGGCCAGUAUGUUGAGACAGUCGACCGCUCCAAAGCCCGCCGCCGUAUCUAAGCCCAAGGAGCCUGCUGCCCCCAAAGCUGCCGAACCCACCGAGUCGCUCCCUGCUGCCGAACCUGCCCCUGCCGAGGCCGAACCGACGGUCGAAGAUACACCUGAAGAGCCAGCCGAGCAAGAGCCUGCCCCCGCAGUACCGGUCACCGCCGAGGCGCCGAAGAUUGUCGAGCCGGAGGUCGCUCUACCCCCGCCCGAAGACGAUCUCACCAAGGGUAACCUCGCGCAAUUGCCCGACGAGUCUCAUCCUCCAGGCACAGCUACUGCCGCAAGCACUGCUACUGACUCGUGGGAUCCCCGCUCUGCGCCAAUCAACGCAAAUGCAACUCCUAUCUCAGCAUCACAAGCUCAGCACCAAGCCACGCGUCCGGUUUCUAGUGGCUUUGUCGCCACCGCCCUAAAGGCGACAGAACGCCCCAUUCGUAUCCCCAGCUACCAACGACGGCUGCUCGAACAGGAAGAGGCAGUUCGUAUGCCCGGCAACCGUGAAGUCGACCGAGCCGCUGUGCAAUUCGGUGCCUUCAGCCUGAAUGGAAACGAUGACGAUAUUGAUGGAGAUCGGGAAGAGGCCGAGACUCGAGCUCAACCACCAUCUGACUCGCCCAUUCAACCCCGUGCCUCCCUUCCGCCCGUCGCCCAACCAUCCGCUUUACCUGAGGCGUUCCCUGCCGCCGCCGCGGCGGCUCCAAAGCCUGCCACUUCCCUGCCGCAACCAACCGGCGCAGCUGCAACCCCCGUAGCUACUCCUACCGGCCCUUCUGCCGCCACGGCUGCACCAGCGCCUCAAGCGCCAGCAAGCAACCAGCAGUUCGGACGCUUCGGCCAGACUAACACUCAGGACCAAGCCUCAUUCCCCCAAAAACCAUAUGACAGCUUCGGUCAGCAGAACCCCGUCACCUCGGCCGGUGGUUUUGACAGCUUCCCGGCACCCACCAGCCAGGCGCCAAGUCAGCCCGGAGCCGGCGCAUUCAGCUCCGCACCAAGCGAUUACUCUAACUACUACACAGCUGACCCACAGUCUCGCAACCCAUAUAACAACUACUACGGUGCGCAACAGUACGGCCAGCAACAUGCUGGACAGGGCCAUACUGAAGGACCGAACGCCCAGCAACGAGGGUUCGGUGGCUACAAUGCCUCCCAGAGCAAUGAUAAUCUUAGCCAAUAUCCUCAGAGCGCUGCCCCACAGUCUCGAUACGGAGCUGCUGCGGCAGCUUCGGAUGUCCAGAACAGUGGUCACAAUACUCCCAAUCCCACCAACCAGACCCCGCAUCAGCAACAGCCGCAAGCUGCUCAGAACAAUGGCCCCCAAUCUGGUCUGCACCAGCAACCUCCCGCUGGCUCGUACCCUUACGGCCACCCUUACUACAACAGCCCCUUCUACGCUCAAUACAUGAAUUCGGCUUACGGUGCCGGGUAUGGACAAGGUGGAUAUGGUCAAGGCCCCUACGGUGGCAAGGGGGGUGUCUACGGACAACACCAGUACGGAAUGUCUCACCAAUCGCCGUACGACCACAGCUCUUCGCCUGCUACCAGCGGCUUUGGACAACCCUCUCUUGCGGGCCGUGACAGUGGCAUCGCCUCUAGCAUCGAAAACUAUGGCCGUGCUGGCUCAGCUCAGUCCGGCGCGCAAGGUCUUGGCAACAGCGGAUUUGGCGGGUCACACGAUGCCUUCGGGCGAGCUGGAUCGUCUUAUCAAUCCCAGGCAGGACAGGGUUUCAACGGUCCCAACGCCCAGGCUGGCUCUGCGAGUGACGACCUCAAGCCCUAUGGCGACGCGAAAGCAGCUGGUGGUCCAAGCCCUUCGCUCGCCGCCGCUGCUCGUCCAGGCUCCGCUGCGAAUAACACCCCUGGCCAAUCUGGUCUUCCCCCGCCCCAGUCGGGCGCACAGGGAAUGGGUGGCUAUGGCGGAUAUCCCAGCCAUUUGCAAAGCCACGGUCUGCACGGAAACCAAACCGGCGCCACUGGCUACGGUCUAGGGGGAGCUGGCGGGCAGGGUCACGCCAGCAGCCCGUAUGGCAACUACGGUGGCUACGGCGGCAACCAAGGUUUUGGAAACUACGGCGGCCGACAGCAGCAGGGUGGUUGGGGCAACAAUUACUAG